UUCCCUUACAGACACAGGAAUAUCCCCAACAUGACCUCAGAAAUGCACAUGUCAGAACCAGUGUGCCUCAUAGAGAAUGCUCAAAACCAGCUGUUGGCCAAUCCGAAGGCUCUGGAGAUCCUGUCUGCCAUUACACAGCCUGUGGUCGUCGUGGCUAUAGUGGGUCUCUACCGCACAGGCAAAUCCUACCUGAUGAACAAGCUGGCUGGCAAGAGAAGGGGCUUCUCCCUAGGCUCCACAGUGCAAUCUCACACCAAGGGGAUCUGGAUGUGGUGUGUGCCUCAUCCCAAGAAGCCAAAUCACACCCUAGUUCUUCUGGACACUGAGGGCUUAGGAGAUGUGGAGAAGGGUGACAACCAGAACGACUCCUGGAUCUUCGCCCUGGCAAUCCUCCUGAGCAGUACCUUUGUGUACAACAGCAUGGGCACCAUCAACCAGCAGGCCAUGGACCAGCUGCACUAUGUGACAGAAUUGACAGAUCGAAUCAGGGCAAAAGCCUCACCUGAUACACCUGAAGGUGAGGAUUCAGGUGACUUUGUGAGCUUCUUUCCAGACUUUGUGUGGACAUUGAGGGAUUUCUCCCUGGACUUGGAAGCAGAUGGACAAUGCAUCACACCAGAUGAGUACCUGCAGAAUUCACUUAAGCUUAAGAAAGGCACCAAUGAAAAAGAUAAAAAUUUUAAUCUGCCCCGACUCUGUAUCCGGAAGUUUUUCCCAAAGAAGAAAUGCUUUAUCUUUGAUCGGCCCACUAACUGGAAAAAAUUAGGCCAACUCGAGACUCUGCAUGAUGAUGACCUGGAAUCUGAAUUUGUGCAACAAGCUGCAGAAUUCUGUGACUACAUCUUCAGCAAUUCCAAAACUAAAACACUUUUAGGAGGCAUCCUGGUCAAUGGAACUCGUCUAGAGAAUUUGGUGGUGACCUACAUCAAUGCUAUCAGCAAUGGGGAUCUGCCCUGCAUGGAGAAUGCAGUCCUGGCCUUGGCCCAGAUAGAGAACUCAGCUGCAGUGCAAAAGGCCAUUGCCUGCUAUGACCAACUGAUGGACCAAAAACUACAGCUGCCCACGGAAACCCUCCAGGAGCUUCUGGACUUGCACAGGGACUGUGAGAGAGAGGCAACUGAAGUCUUCAUGAAGAACUCCUUCAAAGAUGUAGAUCAUUUAUUUCACAAGGAAUCAGUGGCCAAGCUAGAACAAAGACGGGACAAAUUCUGUGAAGAGAAUUUGCAAGCAUCAUCAAAACGCUGCUCAGCUUUAGUUCAGGAAAUUUUCACUCCUCUAGAAGAAGAUAUAAAUAAGGGGACAUUUUCUAAAGCAGGAGGCUAUCAUAGCUACAUCCAGAAAUUAAAUGAGCUGAAGAAAUUGUACUCACAGCACCCUGGGAAAGGGAUACAGGCUGAAGAGACUCUUCAGAAAUACUUGUCAUCCAGGGAAUCUGUGUUGGCUGCCAUUCUACAGACAGACCAGACUCUCACAGGAAAGGAAAAGGAACUUGAAGUGGAACAUGUGAAAGCAGAAGCUGCUGAGGCUUCUGCAAGAAUGUUAGAGGAAAUGCAAACAAAGAAUCAACAGAUGAUGGAACAGAAAGAAAAGAGUCAUCAGGAACAUGUGAGGCAACUGACUAAGAAGAUGGAAAUGGAAAGGGCCCAGCUGCUGCAAGAGCAAGAGAGGACUAUUGCUCUUAAACUCCAGGAACAGGCCCGACUACUAAAUGAAGGAUUCCAAAAUGAGAGCAAACGACUUGCUAAUGAGAUACAGAAUCUCCAGAGGAGCAUCAAAGAAUCAAAGUCGAAAUGUUUGUUAAGCUAAAGACCUAAAGAAAAAUGUUCCCUAGUAACUUUUAAUCAGGCACAACACAAGCAUUUUUAAAAUUUGGAAAAACAUCACUAUAGCUGAUAGUAACUAGGUCUUGUAUUUUUAUAAGACUUAAAAUUUAUAAAGACAUUCAAUACCACAAUUAAAACCAUGCCCAUCUUCCUAAAAAAGAUACACAUAAAUCGUUUAAUAAAGAUGCAUUUACUAAUAUGCCAACACAGCAAAGAACAUGAGCUAGUACUACUCAGGAGAAGGUAAUUAUUCCAGAAGACCACUAGUCAAAAAUUGCAUACUCAGCAGAAUUUUAGAUAAAAAUCUUAGGACAUAGUUAUUUGUCUUUUUCUCCAAGUGUUCAAUGAGUUCCAAUAUCAGGAACAAGGAUCCUAGAUUCUUAGUAAAGACCAUGUACAAUUUGUUCAUUGUUUCAAUGUUGGAUGGUCUAUGAACAAUAUUGUGAUUUCUGGGCAUUGAGAUGGAUAAUCUCUCUGAUGCAUUCCAAGCUACAGCAAAUUAUCAUAUACAGAGAUCUAGAAAUGGCAGCAUUUCCAUAGGAAGACUGAAGAAAUCAUUAGCAUAUGUAGGAGUUGAAUCAUUAAGAAAUAGGUUAAAGGAAGUACUUCCUUCUUGCUUAAUUCAUCCACUUCUAAUGUUAAAAGGACAUAUGAGAACUCUCAUUACACUGGACUAAACAUAGUAUAUAAUGAUAAUCUUAUU